AUGACAGGUCGACGCCCCCCAGCCCCCCGAAACGCCGGCCAAUGGCCUCCCAAGAGACUUUGCUGGAGCGCCAACAGGCUGAUGGCACAAGAGUCAGCAGAAGAAAAACAGCAACGCCUUGAAAGGCAGGAGGUCAAGAGCAACAGCUUGAGGGAUCUGUCGUGGAAUGGAGUUGUUACGGAAACCGGAUGGAUGGACCCAACAGCAGCUGCAGAGCAUGAGAGUAUCGAGAUCGAUGACGAAGAAGCUCUCAGGCAAGCGUUUGAGCUUGUCGGCAGGGGCGCAGCAAGGGCUCCCGACACCGCCAGGCAGAACGGCCUCGACUUCCCCGCAGACCCCAAGAACAUGCAAUGCAAGGUGGACGGACAAGAGGGCAAGCAGGCGCUUAUAUUGAAGGACUAUCAGCGUCAAACAUGCCAGACCAUCGUCGACGACUACAAGAGAGAAGGAAGUGGGAUGAUUCUAGGGCUCGAGAUGGGCCUCGGCAAGACCGUAGUCACCCUCGACCAUAUCAAGAAGAUAGACGGGGUCCCGCACCUCAUGAUCGUUCCAGCCAGUCUGAUGGCCACGUGGGAAGACGAGAUCAACGACAAGAUGGUCGAACCUCUCAAGUACUGCAUGUACCAUGAGGACCCCAGCCGCGGCCAUACCAACAAGCAUAGCCCGGCCGAGCUCCGCAAGUUUGACGUUGUCUUCGCCUCGUACGAGAAGCUAUUGUUGGACGCAAAGGCCCUUCAAGAGACGGAGGCAGCCUUCAAUGCCCGAGUAGAAGACGCGGUCCGAUGCAACAGCACGCUGGCCGUCAUCCAUUGGCACGUCAUUGGUCUCGAGGAAGGACAUCGGAUCGCAAACGCAUUAUCCAAGACGACAAACGCCGCAUAUAACCUCCAAGGCCUCUAUCGGAUGCCUAUAACGGGUACACCGUUCCAGAACGAAUACUCGGAUUUGCAAAGCCUGUUCUGCUUCAUGGGUACAGUUCCAUGGAACUCACCUUCUGUCUUCGCCCGCUUCUUUUCCUUUAAAGAAAGCCAGAAAAACCAGAACCACGUUCUGCACAGGGAGAGCAACGCGAUUCUGGCGCUCGCGAUCAAGGCGUGCACAAUCCGAAUCCGAACGACCGACAACUUUGGCGGCUUACCCGUAGCCGAUUACAAACCGGCAAUCACAGAAUUUAGGAGGCACAAGUUGACAUUCGAAGAGACACAAGAGCAGGAGAGCACUAGGACGAUAUGGGAUGAGGCCUACAAGAAAGAUCGCGACGCUGACCGCAGGGCUGGCGUAGUAGGCUCUGGCAGCGACAUGGAAGAGUCAGUAUUCGCUAGCAUCACAACCGCACGCUUGGCCAUGGCACAUCCGGCAUGCACAAAAUACCGCUACGGGUCAUCAGAAGACUUCCGCCAAGCAUCUAUCAAGAAAGACCACGAGGUGCUUGUGGCAGACAUCGGAAAUGAGAUGCUAGCAAGAGACGCCAAGGGCAACGAAUUAUCCAAAGGGGAGAAUUUGAGUCGCACAAGACUCUGCGCAGAGACCAAGAAGACCUGGGCUGAGUCGUCAAGGAUGGAAGAGCUGAUAAAGGUCUGCAAGGAACACAGAAGCGAACGCCCAGGACCCGUACUGGUAUUUGCGGAGUUCCUUUCUGCUUUAGAUGUCGCCAAGAACGCCCUCGAAGAGACCUUCGGCACGAACACGAAGAUCGCCCGAAUCGACGGGACGGUGAAGAAGGCGGAACGACAGGCUGUCGUAGAUAAAUUCAAGAACACACCAGAAGCCUACGACUUCAUCCUGAUCACCGCGAGGUGUGGCGGCCUCGGAUUGACCCUCAUUGGGGCAAACUGCGUCAUACACUUGACACCGCUCUGGAAUCCUCAUUUACAGGAGCAGUGUACCGCUCGCGCUGUCCGGAUAGGGCAGACGAAGCAGGUAUAUGUCUAUGUCCUUCAUGCCAAGAACAGCAUAGAGAAUCAUGUACUAGAUGCGCAAAGGACCAAGAAGAGGAAGGCUGUAAGGACAUUGGAUCCCGACGACGCUAUGAGAACGGCGAUGGAUACAGUUGCCGGUUGGAGCCAAGAGGAAUUCACUAAAUCCAUGACGAAAGCGAAGACAGCCUCCAAAGCCUACGCCGACAAGUUGGCGAAACGGAAAGAGAAGAAGCAGAGAAGGCUCAACGGCAAGCAGGAAGCAAAGGACGUCGUAAUGCGUGACGCGCAACGAAGUCCUCAACCCAAGCAAUCGCUUUCGGACGACGUUGUUGGGAACGACAGCGAUGAUAGCGUUGAUGAUACGCAGGUAGAUCAGCUCGCACGGGCUUUAGAGAACGAUGAUAGCGAGGAGGAGUAG